UAUUUACAUACAUACCCCACAAUCCAUUUUCAGGCUCUCCUCCAUUCAUCUCAUCUGUACCACGAAGCGAAGCACGCAUUCGCCAACCAUGGCGUCAAGUUCUCCCAACUUGAAGUCGAUCUUCCCGCCAUGAUGGCUCAGAAGGACAAAGCCGUAUCCGGCCUCACUCGCGGAAUCGAAGGCCUCUUCAAGAAGAACAAAGUCGCCUACAUCAAAGGCCAUGGAAAGCUCGCCUCCCCCUCCGAAGUCUCCGUCGACACCCUCGACGGCAGCACCACCACCAUCAAAGGGAAGAACAUCAUUAUCGCCACCGGCUCCGACGUCAAAUCCCUCCCCGGAGUCAUCAUCGACGAGAAGAAGAUCGUCUCAUCAACCGGAGCCCUAUCCCUCCAAACCAUCCCGAAGAAGCUUGUUGUGAUUGGAGCCGGCUACAUCGGCCUCGAGAUGGGAUCCGUUUGGGGGCGUCUCGGAUCCGAAGUCACCGUCGUCGAAUUCGCGCCAGACAUUGUGCCGACCAUGGAUAGCGAGAUUCGAAAGCAGUUCCAACGAAUGCUCGAGAAGCAGAAGAUGAAGUUCCUUCUCAAAACAAAGGUUUUAGGGGUUGAUACAUCUGGAGAUGGUGUCAAGCUCGAACUCGAAGCAGCUGAUGGCGGCGAGAAACACACGAUCGAAGCCGAUGUAGUUCUCGUCUCUGCUGGCAGAAUCCCUUUUACCGAAGGGCUUGGCCUGGAAAGAAUCGGCAUACAGACCGACAAAUCUGGCAGGAUCAUCGUCGAUCACAAGUUCACGACGAGUGUUCCGGGAAUCUACGCGAUCGGCGACGCGAUUCCGGGACCUAUGCUCGCGCAUAAGGCCGAAGAAGACGGUGUCGCCUGUGUGGAAUUCAUCGCCGGAAAAGAAGGUCACGUAGAUUACGAUCUGGUGCCUGGAGUUGUCUACACUCAUCCAGAGGUGGCUUAUGUCGGGAAGACGGAGGAGCAGGUUAAGGCCGCCGGAGCAGAUUACCGUGUCGGCAAGUUCCCUUUCAUGGCGAACAGCAGGGCGAAGGCCAUCGACGAUGCGGAGGGUAUCGUCAAGAUCAUCGCCGAGAAGGAGACUGAUAAGAUCCUGGGAGUGCACAUAAUGGCGCCGAACGCCGGCGAGCUCAUCCAUGAGGCGGUGCUGGCGUUGCAGUACGGAGCUUCGAGCGAGGAUAUCGCUCGCACGUGCCACGCACAUCCGACGAUGAGCGAGGCGGUGAAGGAGGCGGCCAUGGCGACUUACGACAAGGCCAUUCAUAUCUGAUGGGUGAGUUCUCAUCAGCGAGUUCUGUUUGUUUAUUUUUAUUGAAAUAAUUGUGGGGUUAUAAAUGUAAUAUGAGAC